AUGUUGAGCCUGUCUAAAAAUAGAAUAACUAAAAUUCCACCUGGUUCAUUUUCAAAUCUACCCCAACUUUACAUCUUGUACCUCUCCAGAAACAAAAUAAGUAACAUUCAACGUGAUUCAUUUUCCUAUCUGCCCCAGCUUUUGGAAUUGGACCUGUCGAGCAACAGGAUAACUAACAUUCAAUGUGGUUCAUUUCUAAAUUUACCUGUGCUUUUCACUUUGAACCUAACAUUCAACCAGAUAACUAGCAUUCAUCCUAGAUCAUUUUUCAAUCUAACCAGACUCUCCUGGUUGUUCUUGAGCUCCAACCAAAUAACUGUUCUCCAGUCUGGCACAUUUGCAAACUUACCCAGCCUUGAGAUUUUGCAUCUCGACGACAACCAAAUAAGUAUCAUUCAGGGAGGCAUAUUUUCAAAUCUCCCCAAACUCAAGACACUGUUGCUAAACGACAACAAAAUCACAGUUCUGUCAGAAUAUAAUGAGCUGAUGUUGAUUGCAACUGUAAACCUCGAGAACAACCCGUGGCAGUGUGACUGUAGGAUGGUUCCCUUCAGACAAAAGAUGGUUGGGAAAGCAGUCGAGGAUCAGAUCAUAUGCAAAGAGCCCAGCCGGUUCGCAGGGCGAAAGCUUGAAGCUAUAAACGCCGAUAAUCUGAUCUGUGAAGAACCACAAAUUUUGGGGUUUGAGGUCCUUGGUGGGAACGGGACAUUGUUAGAGGGGGAGACACUCUUUGUAAAGUGUGACGUGUUGGGAAUUCCCACCCCAGACAUCACAGUGACUCUCCCUUCUGGCAAAAAUGCGUCUGUUGAGUCAGAUGGGAGAGUGGCUGUGAGGGCGAAUGGUACCGUUAUCAUACAGGACAUUACUGCAGCUGCAGAUUCCGGUUUGUACGUCUGUUUGGCAGUGAGUCCCAUUGGCUCCACGUCUGCCAAACUGUCUAUUCACGUACAGGGACCAUCAACCACCAGCGCGGAAGAGUCACUCAACUGUUCACUGAACCUGAACCAGGGUGUGGAAGCUCCUUGCCUGAACCGAUUCGAGCCCCACAAGAUGCUCAACUAG